AUGAACAAUCUUAUUUAACCUAAUGAUAAGUCUUCCUCAGGAUAACAUAAUAAAUAAGUAACUUCACCUAUCUCUUUAGAACAUCUAGAAAAAACAGAAUCUUAAGAAUUACCUUAAGAAUUUAAUGAUAUAAAUGAUGAGAAGGAUAAACCAUAAAGUUCUAUUUUAGUCCAUUUUGAAUCCUUUAGUAAAUUAUUUUCAAAUAAAGAUAUAAUCAAACUUUAAGCUGAAAAAGACAUUCUAUAAAAAACUCUUGCUCAGACUGUUGCUGAAAAAGUUCAGAUACUUGCUGAAAAAGAGCAGAUGCUUGCUGAAAAAGAUCUCAAUCUAGCUAAAAAAGAUGAAGAUAUAAAAAAGCUGCUUGCUGAAAAAGAUGAAGAUAGAAAAAAGCUGCUUGCUUUAAUUUCCUAAUACCAAUCUUAAGGUGCUUCAAAUAAUGUUUAGAACAACGAAGUUGCUCCCCUUUCUGAAAAUUAAGCAGUAUUUUCCAAUUCAGAAGCUCAAUAGAAUCAAGAAUAGUUUUGA